GGAAGAGAUUUGAGCGAGGAGGGAAAAUUCGGUGCUGCUGCAGCAUGGAAGGAGAAAAAAAAAAAGAAGCUGAAGUGACGAGGCUAAAAAGGGGAGCUUCUCUCUAAAUUUUUUUUUCUGGUCCCCUCUCCCCUUCCUUUGGAUUUGCAGUUUCUCUUUCUCUCUCUCUCCCGUCACUCACUUUCAACCCCCGUUGUCGACAAUGGGACCCAGUGAACACAGCUGAUGAAAUGGGCCCCCACCGAACGGACGGGGACUAGCCAACGGGGAUCCAAAGAGACUUGAUGAAGUUCAAGCCAGGGCAGUGUGGGAAAGAAGAAGGGUGUGGCAACGACCCGAACGGCAGAAGGCAAAAGGAACACAGGCUUGACAAGGGCCCGGGAGGGACCACAACGGCAAGGAGAAUGACUGACAGGGCAGAAAGAGACGGUGGAGGGAACAAUUGGAAAAUAGAGGAGCCCAUUAUGCGGUCUACACCACACUAUCCGCACCUCACGGAUACCUUUACCAGGAGGUCUAGGUCUCCACGACCAGGAGUCAAGGACCCAGCACCGGAGACUGACAGGGCAGGGCCAGAUGCGAACCAGGGUCGGGGGAUGGCCCAGGGCGACUGACGAUGAUGAGAGUCGUGCCUUGUCUAUGUAUCCGUAUGUUUUUGUGCCUGAGACUUAGGUUGAGCCUCUCCAAUGUAGUAGAGCAAGUCAUAUACAGAAAGUACCCGUUGGGGAGCUGCAUCAACAACUCCAGGGCAACAUGAGCUCACGCCGGUACAAGCAAGAUU